AUGCGCACCGCUGCCGCUACCGUGAAUGUGGAGCUGGCGCUGAAGGAGAUUGUCCAGGCGACCAUUACCAAGGCCUUCCCGCUCGUCCCGGCCCAGGAGCCUCUCAUCACCCUUGGUAAGGUUAGCGAGUAUCAGUGCAACAAUGCCAUGGGACUGGUGAAGGUGCUCUCUCAGCAGCCUCAGUCAAUAAAAAUGAGCCCGCAGAUGGUCGGCGAGGAGCUCAAGAAGAACUUGGUGGAGAACGACAUAAUCGACGAGUUCGAACCCACGACCAAGGGCUUCAUCAAUAUCAGCAUCCGCAAGGAAUGGGUGGCUCAGAUGGUGAACGAGGUGCUGAACCAGGGCAUUCGUCCACCUGUCGUGAAGAAGCAGCGCGUGCUCGUCGAUUUUUCGUCGCCGAACAUCGCCAAGGAGAUGCACGUCGGACAUCUCCGCUCUACUAUCAUCGGUGAGUCGAUCAGCCGUCUCCUGGAGUUCUGUCUGCACGACGUUUCACGCAUAAACCACAUCGGUGACUGGGGCACGGCGUUCGGCAUGCUCAUUCUGUACAUCAAGCGCAAGUUCCCCGACUACACCACGAACCCGCCGGCCAUCUCCGACCUCACCGCCUUCUACCGCGCGGCGAAGAAGUGCUUCGACGAGGACCAGCAGUUCAAGGAGCAGGCCCGCCUCGAGGUGGUGAAGCUGCAGGCGCUGGAGGAGGACUCUAUCCAAGCGUGGAAGUACAUCUGCGACGUGUCGCGCGAGGAGUUCAACGGGGUCUACGCCCGCCUCGGCGCCACCAUCACGGAGCGCGGUGAGAGCUUCUACAACCCGCUCAUUCCAAAGGUGCUGAAUCUUCUGGAGGAGGCGGACCAGAUCGAGGUGAGCGACGGCGCGAAGCUCAUCAUCAGCCGGGAGGAGCGCAAGCUGGAUAGCCUCGAUUCCCGUGACAUGACGAAGCUAGCGAGUCAGCACCUCGCGUUUCUCUCACGCGAUGGUUCGUCGUACCACCCGAAUCUGAUUGCCGCCAUGAAGAAGGUUGGCAUCUUGACCGGGGCAGAGGGUGAAGAGUCGGUGGUGCUGUCGAAGAAGGAGGUGAAGCUGUGGAAGAAGUUUGAUAUCCGCAUGGACCUGGACAAGCUGAUGGCCCAGCUCGCCCCCCUAUAUAAAAAGCAGCUCGACCCCCUCUUCCUGGAGGCGUUCAAGGCUGCGGGGAUUGUCAAGGGCGACUGCAUCCUUGUCCCCCGCUUCUCCUUCCCUCUGAUGGUUGUGAAGAGCGAUGGUGGCUAUACCUACGACACGACCGAUGUCACAGCCACGUACCACCGCUUCGUCGUCGAGAAGAUGGACCGUGUUAUCUACUGCACCGAUGUGGGUCAGUACGAGCACUUUCGCAUGUGCCUGCAGACGGCGAAGGACAUGGGCUGGAUGGAACACGCUACGUGGGACCACGCCGGCUUUGGUCUCGUGACAGGGGCAGAUGGCAAGAAGAUCAAGACGCGCUCGGGUGAGACAGCAAAGCUGAAGGACCUUAUGGACGAGGCUGUGGAGCGCUCCCUCGCGAUCCUGAAGGAGCGCGAGGCGGGCGAGCGCAGCCAAGGCCACUCGGAAGAAGAGAUGCAGACGCUAUCCAACAUUAUCGGUAUUGGCGCCAUCAAGUACUUUGAUCUCAAGCAGACACGCACCAGUGACUACGCCUUUAGCUACGACAAGAUGCUGGACAUGUCUGGCAACACAGCCGUGUUCCUUCUUUACCAGUACGCUCGCAUCUGCUCUAUCAAGCGCAAGGCUGGUGUGGCGGAGGAGGAGCUGCUCAAGAUCACCGACAUCUCUCUCGAGACCCCGCAGGAGAAGAACCUCGCGCUCUGCGCGCUGCGCUUCCAGACGGUGAUUCUCAAGGCCGUCGAGGACCUCUUCCCGCACCAUCUCGCAGACUUUGCGUACGAGCUCAUGACAAACUUCUCCACCUUCUUCCAACACUGCCGCGUCGUGGACGACCCGCUGCAGAACAGCCGCCUCUGCCUCAUCGAGCUCACCCGCAUCACACUCAAAAAGACGCUGGAGCUGCUGGCCAUCGAGACAGCCGAGCGCCUUUAG